GCUCAGGUCUUGUUCAGCAUCUGAGAAUCCACACAGGUGAAAAACCCUACAAGUGCGAGGAGUGCGGGAGGCCCUUUCAGCAUGAAUUCUUAGGUCUCGUCAAGAAGUCCAUCAACGGUGACCACUCAACUAGCAACUUUGUCUCCGGCGCCGGGUCUCGACACUGUCUCAGGCCGGGGCGCUGGGCUGUUGGACGUGCCACUGUACGAGGACUGGCUGCCACCACCGUCGCCACGAUGGGCGCCGUCAUUCCCCUACGGUUCACGAUUACCACCAUUCUGAGGUCCCUAAAUAGCCCCAACCACGCCCAACCUCCCCCUCCACCGCCAACCCUUCCCAUCUCCUGAGCCCGGUUUGUGGACCCACCACGGACCUGCCAGCCCUCCAGGAUUCUACUCGGGGUGGAAAGGGACGAGGAUAAGCUCCACCACGGUCCGUAGCUCCCUGCCCGGGGCGUACGUGGCCUUGAGUCCCACCAGCGAGGGUUCGGGGUCUCCGUGGGUCACUGCUUUGGGACCUGGCGACACCUCGCGGACGAAGGGAGAUGAAAACUGGCCUCUAAAACUAUCCGCCCCUUAGGCAACUCGGGGGCUAGAGCAGGGUGAAGCAUGCCGGCGCUACAACCCUUCAGAUUCGGGUUCGGGUCCUGGGCCCAGCACACUGGUUAACCAGUUGGGUGGUUGUGAUGAGUGUCAGAAUGCAUGUAAAAAAAAAACGUAGUCUUUAGUUAGAUACUGUCUUUCUCCCCUGUCAUCCUUGUAAUGCAAAUGAGACUCAUUAACCAACUGUCGCUUUUCUGGAGCCCCUGUGAAGAAAGUAAAGUGCAGGUCGCAGGUACAGGAGAAACCGUGAAGAAUGAAAACACUGAUGUCACCGUGAGCUGUACUCGGCGCUUGGCAGCUGGGUCGUGGUGCACAAGGACAGAUCAAAUGGAAGGGGAAGGGCUGUCCGUUGUAUGAAGCCUCCCUUCCCUUCCCCGGCCACCCACAGGACGCGCGAAGUCCCCUUAAAGAAGAGCCCUCAGAAGGUUCUCUCUUAAGAAGAUAAAGAAGGGAGUGGGAACAAGUCUCCUGAGCUCUUCCAGCCCUACAUGGCUACAGAAUCAAGAAAGUGUUUAGCCCCAUCCCCACCCAGCCGGGCUCCGGAAGAGGACCUUGUAAUUGUCAAGGUUGAGGAAGAUCAUGGUUGGGACCAGGAAUCCAGGCGACAUGAACACAACCCUCCUGGCCAAGAGCUGUUCCGCCUGCGAUUCAGGAAGCUGUGCUACCCUGAGACCCAAGGACCCCGAGAAGCCCUGAUCCAGCUGCGGGCACUUUGCCACCAGUGGCUGAGGCCGGAUUUGAACAGUAAGGAGCAGAUCCUGGAGCUACUGGUGCUGGAACAGUUCCUGAGCAUCCUGCCUACAGAGCUGCAGGCCCUAGUGAAGGAGCAUCAUGUGGAGAGUGGGGAGGAGGUAGUCACCCUGUUGGAGGAUCUGGAGAGGCAGAUUGACGUACUGGGACGACCAAUCCCGGCUCGUGCACACGGACACAGGGUCCCCUGGGAGGAGGCGGUGCACUCGGAACCUGCACCAGAGCCCCCAGACGCUCAGCUCCAGCCUGCGGAAACCCUGCACAUGGCUCCCAUGCUCCCCGGGCCCCGAGACAGAGCUGCAUCCACAUCUCAGAGUCCCACCCCUUCCCAGGAAGGAAGUCCUGGAGACAAGAUGACAGCAUCGCUUCUUACAGCAGGGUUCCAGACUUUGGAGAAGAUUGAAGACAUGGCUGUGUCCCUGAUUCGAGAGGAGUGGCUUCUUGAUCCAUCCCAGAAGGAUCUGAGUAGAGAUGACAGGCCAGAGAAUUACAGAAAUGUGUUCACCCUGGGUGGUGAGACCAGGAAUGAGAACAGGGAAUUAGCUUCGAAACAGGUCAUAUCUACCGGAGUCCAACUACAUGGAGAGAGAACUGCCAAAUGCAACGGGGAUGCUAUGGGGGGUCCUGAGCAUGGAGAAGCCCAAGACCUGGGCAGAUUGGACAGGCCACGGGGAAACCCCACUCAGGAGAGACGACACAAAUGCGAUGAAUGUGGGAAGAGCUUUGCUCAGAGCUCAGGCCUCGUUCGCCACUGGAGAAUCCACACUGGGGAGAAGCCCUAUCAGUGCAGCGUGUGUGGGAAAGCCUUCAGUUACAGGUCAGCCCUUCUUUCCCAUCAGGACAUUCACAACAAAGUGAAACGCUAUCACUGUAAGGAGUGUGGCAAAGCCUUCAGUCAAAACACAGGCCUGAUCCUGCAUCAGAGAAUCCACACCGGGGAGAAGCCGUAUCAGUGCAACCAAUGCGGGAAGGCUUUCAGUCAGAGUGCGGGCCUUAUUCUGCACCAGAGAAUCCACAGUGGGGAGAGACCCUAUGAAUGUAACGAGUGUGGGAAAGCCUUCAGUCAUAGCUCACAUCUCAUUGGACAUCAGAGAAUCCACACAGGAGAGAAGCCCUAUGAGUGUGAUGAGUGUGGGAAAACCUUCAGGCGGAGCUCACAUCUUAUUGGCCACCAGAGAAGCCACACUGGGGAGAAACCCUACAAAUGCAAUGAAUGUGGGAGGGCCUUCAGUCAGAAGUCAGGCCUUAUUGAGCAUCAGAGAAUCCACACUGGAGAGCGGCCCUAUAAAUGCAGAGAAUGUGGGAAAGCCUUCAACGGGAACACUGGCCUCAUUCAGCAUCUGAGAAUCCACACAGGGGAGAAGCCCUAUCAGUGUAGUGAGUGUGGGAAAGCCUUUAUUCAGAGGUCUAGUCUCAUUCGACACCAGAGAAUCCACAGUGGAGAAAAACCUGAAUCCACAGGAGUUUAGGGGAAAUCUUGAGUCAUAGUUUGGGCAUUAUUCAGCUUUAACCACAUGCAGGUGACAGUUCUUCCAGUGCAGUAAAAAGGCAGAAAGUGUAUCAUCACUGCGACCUGAUACAGGGUCACUAUCGAUAGUGGUGGCAGUUAGAAUAGCUCUUGAGUAACCUCGAUGCAGGUUGAUUAGCUUGACUGUCCUGGGAGGUGUCUGAUGGCCCAGUGUACCCUUUAGAUGCUUAAACAGCAUCACAGCAAGUUGCCUGUGGCGGGAGGCACCUAACUUUGCCUUCUGGGUGAGUAGCUGUAGAUUUGAGCAAGACUUCUCCUGGCUCCUCUGCUUCUCCCACCCCCACCCCAGGACCCCUCCCGUUAUUUUCCUGGAGGGACACAUGUACUCCUUGUCUACCUAGGAGGCUGCUUUAGAGUUCAAAGCAGCCUCUGUGUGACUUAGAUUUGUAUUUAGCUUUCUAAAAUCCUAGUUCUAGGGAAAUUUUUUACAGACACCAUGUAUUAAUCCUUAAGUGUGCAUUUUAUUCUGAUGUUCCUGGUAGUCUGUGGAAACUCAUAUUCCCACGCAAACUCAGAACAGCACUCCAACAUUUUUCUUGCAUCACCUGCACUGACUCCAGGGAGUCAUCCCACAGCCCAUAGGUCCCUGCCCGGCCCCAGGCCCCAUGAGGGUUGUGGGACUCUGCAGAGAAAGGUGAGUGCAGACAGCCCGGCUGCUCUUGAGUGUGGGUGAUUGUCCCUUGUGGUGACAUCUGGCUCUUUGCGCCUCCACACUGCACGCUCUGGUAUAGGUGUAUGUUUUACACCAUCCUAGUUAGGGUGUCACGUGGGAGGAGACAGGCUUGAGGAAGACAUGACAGUCUUGACCCAGAAUGUGCACUCGCCGUUCUGGUCCGUGCCAGCACACUCCCAGGUUUCUGACUAGAUGGUCGGUCCUCUUGUCAUCACUCUGCACCCCCUUCUCAGCUGGCCAGCACCUCUCUCUCUCCAUGUGCUUCUUGCCAUGAGCUUGUAGGUCACAAUAGUGACCUCUCACAUCCCACCUGCAGUCCAGCAAAGACAACACUUGUUGCCACUGGAACUGCCUGUCAUCUCAGAAGCUGGUUUAACGUAGCAUCAGGGCUCACGUGUCCACAUAGGCUUGGUCCUUUCAGUUGGGCAGUUGUAGUUACUCCAGUGGUGCUAUUGUUGCAGUGACCACUGCUGCAGAUAACCCAUUCGAUAAACCACACAGGAAUACUCUGUUUUAGAAUCACAUGUCAUUUUUGACUAUUCGAUUACUCACUUACCAGGUUUGGAAUUGAGUAACUUUUGGUGAAUUCCAAAGUCAUCUUUCAUAAUGGGAAUCAAUUCCAUUAAUCCUACUCAGAAAAAGGAUAUGAGUCCUGCUGAAAACUCCAAGAAAAGUUACGUAACUUCGCACUGUGACCAUUCUGAACAGGGGAAUACUUACUAUUUUAUGACUGAUAUUUUAAAAAAUCAGUCAUAAAAAUCUUACAUCAUUGAGAUCCCCCUUUGAUUUCAUAAAUUCAUUGUAAUACCCUCUCUCCUGCCCUUUGGCUUAUCUUCACUUUGAACACCAAGUUUACCUGCACCUAUUUCACAGAGUUACUGGUCCCCACUGCCAUUUGUCAUCCCAGUUCUCUUGGUGAACUUUUCAAGACAGUGCUUCCAGUUGUCUUAUUGUUUUAUUUUUUAUGCCAGUACAAAGAGAUUCAUUUUGGUGUAUGUUCUUUUCUUGUUCUCUCUCACUCUUCCCCCCUCCCCUCCGUCUCUCUGUCUCUCUGUCUCUCUCUCUCUCUCUCUCCUGUGGAUUAUCAUUCCUGGUUCCCUUGUACUUGAAAUUUCAAGAAACCAGAAACUAAUAAAUCUGGUUGUCUCUAGAUCCUUGCUCUGUUUCAGUUGUGCCUUACUCUCUGUAAGAGACUAAUUCUGCCUGAGGCCAGUGCCGCCUCUGUGCACACAUCACCUAGGGUGGAUAUGGGAGAACGUGCGUAGAAUCUGGCAGAAAUUCAGAGAGAAAAUAUGACCAGAGAGAUCAGUGUUAUACUGGGUGAAUGUGAAAAAGGGUGACUCAGCACCUACAGAAAAGGCCUAGUAGCAAAAGACAGAUGCACCAAGUUCCUUUAUCCUGCAGAUUCUGUUUUUAUGCUCUUAAUCUGAAGUGAGCUGCUCACUGGUACUUCCUCUGCCUCCUGAACGCCUUUUAAAUUGACCCUGUGGUUAUUUGACAUGACACAGUGGUUAUUCCAGAACCCCACUGCCACCCGACCUAGUCCUGGGAGAUUUCCCCCCUUGAACAAGGUGGCCAUGCUGGAAUGUGGUGGUUGAGUCCCCUGUGGAGCCAUGAGCUUCACUUGCGGUUCUGAGGCUCCAGGUAAUAUGACUGAUGUUUACUGGGCACCAGACCCUACAUGAGGCAUCUUUCAUGCUGUGGUAUAUACUAUGUGUCUCCCAUUUCAUGGGUGAGAAAACUGAGGCUUAGAGAGUGAAAUAGAUCGAUCAAGACCACACAGCUGGUAAGUGACAGCAGAGAUUCUGACCUUCACAGCCUGGUUCUCGAGCCUGCACUCCUGAUUACAGUGCUGCUGUGGCUGGUGAACACCCUGUCCCCGGCCAACCAUGUCCAAUCGUGUGUCUCUGGAACAGAAAGGUGCAGGAUAGUACAAGUCCAUUAAAAUUCCUAGAGGAUUGUUUGAAACUGCUAUUUUGCUUUACAUCAUUAUUAAAUGGUGAUACUUUGGGUGCUAGUAGCAAACUAAAACGUGUAAGUGAACAUGUUUAAAAGAGUGACUGGGAGGAUAAAGCAGUAACUUACAGACUCAUACAUUUCUCUCUGAACUGCCCCAGGGAAAGUGGAAAUACAGAGGGAAAUGAAAUAUCCAUGCAGCAGGCCAGACAGAUGGACAGUUAGGUGACAACAGGAAGUUUAUCCACAGCAUGAAAUGUGGGAAACCUAUUUACUAUACAUUUCCAACGACCAUUCCGUUUUUCUUCUAGCAUUUAUGAUUUUUCAAACAUGUCAACCAUUGUUCAACCCAUUUCCUCAGUAGACUAUUCUUAAAACUUCUUAACUGGCUUUAUACUCAGCACUCCACUGAAAUGUGCUCAGACUCAACAGUGGAUAAAUACUGUGUCUUGUAGUUCUUGUCCUGACCUAUAUUUCAUCAGGAAUUCUGAUCUUUGGCUUGUGGGGACCCUUGUUGGUCAUUUUCCUCUAAUUUCUAACAGUAUUGGUUUUUUUUUUUUUCCUCUUGCUCUUCACCAAGCAUAUUCACUACUUUUUCUGUCCUCACCCUUAUUUAUCCAUUUUGAUUGUCAGUAACAAUAUUUACCACCAUCUCUCUGCACACCUUGGUAUUUGAAAACAGAACUCAUCAUUCUUGUACGCUAAAUACCAUUUUCCUUUUAAAUAGGUAUCAUUGCUUAAUUUCUUUGCCCUAAACAGACUUACUACCCUUUAUGUUUCUUAUUCCAAUCUUGGAGUUUUCUUGUUCUGGUCUCCACUCUUCAUGUCCAAAAUCUUGGUAAGUUUUCCAAUUCUUAGUUUUCUCCUUGAGGCCGAACAUUUACAUUUCUGCCAUUCCCUCAUAGCGCUCUGUUCAGAUCCAUAUUUGGGGCCCAGGUUAUUGUAAUUCUUUCUAGUGCCCUUGCUCUCAAGAGUCUCAUCUUGUAGACAUUUGAGAUGAUCUUCUCGAACUCUAUUUGUGUGAUGUCUCACUGUCACUCAAGAACACCCAGCACAUAAUUCCUAUCAGAGCAGUGAUGUUCCAAGUGCUCCAUUACCUUCCCUCCAAGCUCAGUCUGCUGCAGCCCCUUCUCUAGUAUAUUCUCCUGCAUCAUCACAGGAUACUUCCUGUGGCCUUCACUGCUAUCUUACAAGCCCUUGACCUUGCCUCUGUGCCUUUCUCAUAUUGUUUGUUUUGCAUAGAUUGCUCUUUGGCUCCUGUUCAUGUCCAUCACCGCCUUCAAAGUCUGGUUUCCUUUCUGAGCAAGCCCACCCUGACUGACUGCACCCAUGCUGAGACCCUCUUUCUGUGCUGCCUCAGCGCUGAUCCUUCAAGUUUGUGCUGUGGUCCAUGCAUUUACUAAUACAUAGCUUUGUAAUUAUUUUCUAGCACUCUGUUGUAGUUUCACAUUUGUAUUUAUUUGUAAAAUUAAAUUUUAAGCUCCUUGAGGGCAGGAAUAAUUUUACAUUUGUAUCUCUGCACCCCUAGUGCCUAGUAUGGUGCUGAGCACACAGUAGGCGUUUAAUAAAUGCUUGUCAAAUUAUUGUGUGGAUUACUUUUGGUGUUACCUACAGAAUUUUUAUACUGCCUUCAAGGAUGUGUAUCUCUUACCAGUUUGUGUGCAGACCUAUUUCCACAGUACAGUAAUUGUAUAUACCUAAGACUAAGGUCCCAAAUUCCAUUUUUAGGAGGGUAUGUGUGGAAAGUUGAAAUAUGAACUCUCCAUUUGCUUGGCCAGACUUACUUGUUUCAAGAGAAACUAGUAAACACCAAAGAUUACUGUUGUUGCGGAAGUGUUUGAGAAUAGGUUUUUGUAUCAGUUCAGUGGUUCUCAGCUGGAGGAACUCGGCAUCAUCCGGAAACAUUGCUUGGUGGCUGGGACGAUGCCAGCAUCUGGUGGGUAGAGGCUAGAGACGCUGAUAAACAUCUUGCCUACACAGGACACAACAAAAAAUACCCCAAUUGAGAAACACUGGUCUAGAUAUAUUUAAGGCCUAUAGAAAAAUACUAGCAUUGCAAUUAGAAAAAUUAGCUAUGCCAAGCUUUACAAGAAUACUAAGUGUGUAUUUUAUAGUUUGUAAAAUUAUAAAAGAAAAAGGACUUAAUUUUUGGCAUUCACUGCAACAUACAUGCCAGGGUGAUGGGAAGCUUUAAAUUGUUGGCUUUCUCGGUUGCUUUCAGCAUUAGACCUGCUUCCACCCUUACAUCAGAUGGGAGGUAUUGGCAGAGUACAAAUCUGAUUCUAGCUUCUGCAUCUUGGUUCAUUACAUGGAAUGAAAGGCAAAGUCCUGGGAUGUAUCUCUAGCAGAGGACCAAUAACACCAAAGAUUCGGUCCUUUGAGGACAACACAUGACCCCCAACAGUCUUGGGCAGCCACAGUCUGUAACCAAUUCCCCAAG